GCCUUUUCUCCACCGUCGGACGAGGAUCAUCAUUCCACUACAGCAGGAAGAAAGACAAAGGCAAGCAGGCCAGCCAUGAAGGCGUCCAUGGGAAUGGCAGCCCUCGCGGCUGUUGCGUUCCUGUUGCUGGUUGCGUUAUACCAGCCCACGGUUGGGGGUGCUUAUCUGUGCAACCCCGGUAAAGAUCAGGAUGCAUAUACGUACAAGAAAAUCAACUGCCUGAAAGUGGCUGGUGCGGUAAGCUAUGAGGGAUGCAGCGGCGCGUGUGAGGGCGAGCACAAAUGCAAAGGCUUCGUCCAUGCGGCAUACGAUUGGUCCAAGGGCAAGUACUGCUGCUUCCUCAAGUCCAAGAUAGACAAAAGCAAAUUUCGGUCUCAGGCUGGUCGCGAAACAUGCAGGAAGGUAUACUUUUAAGACGGAUUCUUCCAGGUUCGUUCUCUUGCCGCAGGUGGGUAGGCAGCGACAGCACAAGGAGUUUAGAGAGACUGCUCACAGGGAUGUCUCAGUUCACAUGUUGCGAGGCUUUCCACCCCCGAACGUCCGCUUCCCAAUCAGCUAGAGCGGAACCAGGAAAGGAUUUGCAUUUCUUUAAGUAUGGUACUCGGUGACUGCCUUUGAGGUCCCUUUUCCUCAUGAAAUUAUGCCAGAUCAACAGCCCCUCAUAGGUUACUGAGCUCGAUGCAGCGUCAUCAUCAUCAUCAUCAUCAUCAUCAUCAUCCUCAUCAUCCUCAUCAUCCUCAUUACUUACAUUUCUUGGAGUAUGCUCAGUGACUGCCUCUGAGGUCGGUUGGCUUGCCAAAUGCUAGAUCACCAGCUGUCAAAUGAUACUGACUUCUAUGCAUCAUCAUCAUCAUCAUCAUCAUCAUCGUCAUCAUCGUCAUCAUCAUCCUCAUCCUCCUCAUCAUCACCGUCAUCGUCAACGAUUCGUCGUCAUUAUCAUGAUAGUGACCGUCACAUUUCUGCCAAGGGCAUAUUAAGAACUAGGCCAGUGGACUUCCUUGCACUGAGAACACGAUGUCAUCUGCAAUUCUCUCUCAGGAGUACGGCUCGGCGCUUGCAAAGGUCCAAUGAAUGGCAUUUAAUUUG